UUCUUUUCUGCUUCUGCUCUGCCCCGCCCAGCUCCCCUCCCCCUCAUCGCCGCGACGGACCACAGCGAGGCACCGAGCGAACGAAUCCGCCGUCCCAUUGCGGCCACCGCGAUGAAGAUCCUGGUGGCGGUGAAGCGGGUGGUGGACUACGCAGUCAAGGUGCGCGUGAGGCCGGACCGGACGGCCGUCGACACGGCGAGCGUCAAGAUGUCCAUGAACCCCUUCUGCGAGAUCGCCGUCGAGGAGGCGCUCCGGUUCCGCGAGGCCGGCGCCGCCUCCGAGGUCGUCGCCGCCACCGUCGGCCCGGCCCAGGCCGCCGACACGCUCCGCACCGCGCUCGCCAUGGGCGCCGACCGCGCCGUCCACGUCCUCCACGACCCUGACCCGGCACGCCCGCUCCUCCCCCUCGCCGUCGCCAAGGUCCUCCGCGCCCUCGCGCUUCAGGAGAACCCCGGCCUCGUCAUCCUCGGCAAGCAGGCCAUUGAUGAUGACUGCAACCAAACAGGGCAAAUGCUAGCUGCACUGCUUAACUGGCCGCAGGGAACCUUUGCCUCAAAGGUGAUAAUUGACAAGGAUAAACAAAAGGCGACUGUUGAGAGAGAGGUCGAUGGUGGAACUGAAACCAUCUGCUUGGAUUUACCAGCAGUGAUCACUACUGACCUGAGACUGAACCAGCCCCGGUAUGCGACGCUGCCAAACAUAAUGAAGGCCAAGUCGAAGGUGAUUAAGAAGGUCACCCCCGCUGAGCUGAAAGUAGAUAUUAGAUCGGACAUGGAGGUGGUCCAGGUAGAUGAACCACCGAAGAGGAAAGCCGGAGUGAUCCUCUCAUCAGUCGAUGAGCUCCUCGACAAACUGAAAAAUGAAGCCCGUGUCUUGUAAACUGGUUCACACAUAUACAUUUAAAUAAAGUGUAAUUCCAAAUCAUUGUAUCCCAUUUGCAAAUGAAAUAAGGGUGAUUUCCCAGAUCAA